AUGCCUCACAAGCGCGCCAAACGCAGUCUCCGUCUCGCGGCGAGCGAAGCAAAAGGCAUCGACAACCCUCCGACGGCUGCAGACUCGCUCUUGCCGAUCACUACAACUACAGAGGGGACGGAGGCGGCUGGAACGGCGGACGGCGAGAAGCGGAACAAGAAGCGGAAGAAGGCUGGCUCGGGUGCGGGUCCUGUCGACACGGGCGGGAUGAGCAAGUCGGCUUUCCGGAUCCUGAACGCCGCCAAGCUGAGAGAGGAGUACCAUGCGAAGAAGAAGCGGAAGGUCGAGGAGGAAACGAAGGGUAAGAACCCGAACCAGCAAAAGAAAUCCUCCGCCAUCCAGCCGCUCCCCUACGAAUCGCUCUCCUCGUUCAACCACCGCGUCGAGCAAGAGAUGCGACACUCUGUCCGUACGGCUAUCAAAGAUGCGAGCAAUACGGCUCAGAAGCGGAAAGACCGGAAGGGCAAGGCGAAGCAAACCGCGGACGAGGAUGAGGAGGAUGAAGAGGAAGACUCGGGCGUCACGAAGGACAAGGACGGCAAGCCCGUCGCAAAGAAGGCUAAGCCGACGCCGGAGGAGUCGCUCGAUCCGUUCGCCAAGCCCAGAGUGCAGCGGGAACAGCAGCAACUCGAGCAGGCGAAGAGUCGGUCAGGCCGGACCGAGUUCGCAGCGGCAGAUUUGCGGCGACGGAUCGACGAUGUUGUCCAAGCGCCACCUACGCUUGCAGACCCCGCUCGUAAGGGUCUCAUGCAGAAGGUGCUUGGGCCAGGUGGCGCAGCGGCGUGCGGGACAACGAGUGAGGGGCCGGGGACGUUCAAGCUGGCGGGUCCAGAUGCGCCGGUCGGAAGCUCGCGGCUACCCAUCAAUCCGGCGAUGAAGGCGAUGCUGGAUGCGGAGCGGGAGCGGGCGGUCAAGAUGUACCGGCAGCUGAAGGAGCAGCGGGAGAAGGAGCGGGCGAAGUGA